CAAUAAAAAAACACAGAAAGAAAGGUCAGAAACAGAGACAGUGGCAGAGGGUGUGGGGUCGGUUGGGAACAGCAAAUGGUGUCCGAAAGGAACUUCCUUCCUUCGUUCCCAGCGGACCCAACAACCUUCUCCUUCUCCUCUUCCACUCAAUCACCUCACAAAAUCAACUCUUUUCAUUUUUCACAACUGGGUUUCUCCUCUUCCAUUUACUUUCUCAGCUGAGUUCUAAGAAGCUGGAUUUUCGUGUUUUUUCAUGAUCAUGCACAACCCCGUUCACGAUCCGCAAGAUCAGAGGAUUACUCCCCCCAUGGAGGAUUCCACUGCAAUGACUAUUGAAUUCCUGCGGGCAAGGUUGCUUUCUGAAAGGUCCAUCUCAAAAAGUUCUAGACAAAGAGCUGAUGAACUGGCCAAAAAGGUCAUAGAAUUGGAGGAACAGCUUAGGGUGGUGUCUCUUCAGAGGAAGAUGGCUGAGAAGGCCACUGCAGAUGUUCUUGCUAUUUUGGAGAAUCAAGGGAUAAGUGAUGCAUCUGAAGAAUUUGAUUCAGACUUAGAUCUUGAAGUUCCUUGUGAAUCUGGUGUUAAUAAUGAUUAUGCGAAAGAGGGCGAGAGGCCUGUGAGCUCAAAAGGGAGACGGUAUGGGUCAGAAGAACUGUUUGGCUCUCAUGCGGAUUCUUCACCAGUGUUCAGUAGAAGUUUGUCUUGGAAAGGACGUCACGAUUCUUCUCGUUCUCUGGAAAAAUACAAGAUUUCUAGUUCGAGAUGGCAAAACAGUUUUUCAUCUAUCAGUUCUUCUCCAAAGCAUCGCCAAGGAAAGUCAUGCCGCAAGAUAAGGCAUAGGCAAACCAGGUCAGUCGUAGAGGAGUCCAGAGAUAAGUCUGUCCAGGCUAACUUCUCUGAAAAUGAAUUCGCAUCCUCUUCUGAAGGAUUUCCAAACUGCUCAGAUGGUGGGUCUAACAUUGUGAUUAUAGAAUCUAAAAUUGAGGAAGAGGAUGAAUUGGAAGCGAACUCAGUUAAUAAAAAUCAUCAUGUAGAUGGUUAUGGAAGAGAAAGGGACAUGGAAAAGGCACUUGACGACCAAAGUCAACUUAUUGACCAAUAUGAAGCAAUGGAGAAGGCUCAAAGAGAAUGGGAAGAGAAAUUUAGAGAGAAUAACAGCACAACACCAGAUUCAUUUGAUCCGGAGAACCAUUCAGAUAUGACUGAGGAUAAAGAUGAAAGCAAGGCUCAGAUUGCAGGCUCUGCUAAGGUGGUCACCACAAAUGCAGGGGCGGGAGGCGUUUGCUUAUCUGAAGAAAUAUUCAAAGCAGAGGCCAGAGGUAUUAUGCCAAAAUCAUAUGAUGACAGUGGAGGUGACAACUACCAGAAGAGCCCAACCUCUAGCACUUCGGAUAUGCUUGGUCAAGAAAGUUCACAUUCCCCACUUAAGGGAAAGCAAAUUGAGAGCUCAGCAAGCUGUCAUUGUCAGUGUUCUAACAUGAAUCAUCAAGUUACACCUGGGAAUGGUUACCUUGAUUCAAGGCCACCUUAUUCCUUUCCAACUGAUGUUAAUGGUGAUCUGCACCAAAAUGAUGCUUCAAGAAACAACAAUGACCGCUAUGCAUUAGUUUUGCGUGACCAAUCUCAUGAAUUCAGUGGUAUACUUGAAUCACUUAAACAAGCCAGGAUAUCCCUACAGCAGGAGCUGAAUAAGUCGCCGCCACCGAUGGAGGGUGGUUACAGCGGUAAAGCCAUUACACCAUCUGCAUUUGUCAGUAAAAUUGAGGAUAGAUUUAACAUUCCUGUUGGAUGUUCUGGUCUCUUCAGACUACCAUCAGAUUUUUCUGAUGAAGCAUCUGAUAGAUUCAGUGUUCAUCAUUCAACUGCUGGAUUCAGUUCAAACUUCUAUCUUGACAGAGGCUUACCUAGAAUAUCUGAUGGGCAAGUUCAAUUUGGUUCCAAUCCCUACUACUCUGGCACAACCUUGAGCUUACCUGCACCUGAACAAUCUCCUGCAACACAAUACUUGGAAAAUGGGUCAAGGUUUGAUUCUAAUAAGCCUCCUUUUGAUGCUGUCUCAGUUGGAGGCCCACUCUCUUCUAAUAAAUUCAUGUAUCCCACCUUUCCCAUCAAUCCAUCCUAUCCUAGUGCAAAAUCACAAAUACCAUUUGGUGAUGAACUUUCUAGACCCUAUUCAUUUUCAAGUAGAACAGUUGGGGAUCCUCUUGCAUAUCGUUUCUCAUUUCCUGGUGAUCAUUUAAGAUGAAACAUGUAGAUAAUUAUAUAAUUCUCUAGGUUGCUAGCAGCUGCACCAAUGGUCUUAAAGUGAUGGCUUUGUUGUAUGUAACUAUGUAUGUACCUUGAAGGUGAUUCUCUGUAUUCUCUCUAGUUGUGUUUGGAAGAUAUCUAUUUAUGAUAUAAUACCAAAAUUUGUGGUUACA